AUGAGGGUUUGUUUUGUGUAUUUAUGUAUCUGUCACAAUAUUUGUGUAAUCAGUGUUUUGCCAACCCCUCCUCCUCUCCCUUGGGAGAGAGGCUCAGGACGCUGAACUCAGCUUCUAUAUUCUAUAUUUAUCUCAGUGGUUUAGUUGAACAGGUUGUGUAGCCUCAGGCCCUCUUCUCUCACUGCUCUCUCUGUUCUCAGGCCUAGUACUGCCUGGCGCCCCACAUUUCAGCAGUGGUAGCACCUCUUAUGACUUUACUCUGGGGUGGAGGUGGGGGGAGUGAGAGGGUUAAAAUCAUUCCCCCACGCAGGAGCCACAGCGGUGUACAAGAUGACCCCUGACCCCGCAGGAAAGGAAUAUGGAAGCUCUUUCAUCUCAGGUGGACAGUUGGAAAGUGGAAGAUUAAUUUCUGUUCUAGGUUAAGAUUUGAGAGUUGCAUGUGAAAUUGUUUUCUCAGAGUCUUGCUACGUUUCUGCCAAAUGACAUGCUGACAUCCAUGUAGUUCUCUGUCAGGCGCUUUGGCACAUCUAUGAUGACCUGUUAUGUACUAGACUCACCAUGCACAUUUGCAAUCUCAGUAGAUUAGAUUUUUGUCUGCACUGCAAACACUCAGCACUGACAAUUGUCAGCAUGGACAGUAGCUUACUGUGCCCCAUGGGUAGGCAAUGCUACCACAUGAUGAAAUCAUUAUGCACGGGCUUAUUGUUUCUAGACGUUCCCAGUGAUUAUACAGUACCAUUUUGGAAAUGGUUACCAUGUCCAUUCUCUGGGACGUAAAGCAUUGAGUGCGGUACUUCGCUCUGCUUUGCUAUGGCUAUGUUGACCACUAUGUUGACUACUAUGUUGACCAAUAUGUUGACUACUAUGUUGACCACUAUGUUGACCACUAUGUUGACCACUAUGUUGACCACUACUAUGUUGACCACUACUAUGUUGACCACUAUGUUGACCACUAUGUUGACUACUAUGUUGACCACUAUGCUGACUACUAUGUUGACCACUAUGUUGACCACUAUUUUGACUACUAUGUUGACUACUAUGUUGACUACUAUGUUGACUACUAUGUUGACCACUAUGUUGACUACUAUGUUGACCACUAUGCUGACCACUAUGUUGACCACUAUGCUGACCACUAUGUUGACCACUAUGUUGACUACUAUGUUGACUACUACCGGGGCGGGUGAGGCACUGAGCCUGAUGGAUCAGGGGAAUGGGGGGGGGGGGACAAACAAAGACCAAGAACAAAGACCAAGAAAGGACAUUAAAGCUGGACGCUGUUGUUGGUGAAACUGCCAUGCCCAUUUGGAAUAUUACAAUAACAAAGAAGAAGCGUCAUGAAGGCAUCAGAGGAAUAUAGCGCGUGUAGCCCAUACACGAUACACGUCUCGAAGGACAGUAGGCUACACAGUAUGAUGCUAUUAGUUGAUAAAUGACGGAAAACAAUCUGCACGGUUUUACUGCAAAAACUCUGUGUGGGCAGGUUCUUAGAAUGGGAAAUUGUAUAUCAUUCUAAUGGAAUGGAAUGAAGGGGCGCAGCUAGUCACGGCAGAGAUGGAGAGAGUAUGGGGAUGCUGGAAAGAAAGAUGUUCCGUUGAGUUUCAGGAGGUUAUCACAUCAGAUGGUGGGGUAGUUCUAAGUAGGGAUUGAUGGAAGUGUUGGUUACUACUUCACAUUUUGGGGCCGAUGAAGGUGGUGCGUUAUUAGUCCUGAAAUGAAAUGGCAUAGCAGAAACUAGUCUUGUUGUUAAGUUUUGAAGGGGGCUGGUCCUGGUGUAGAUGCUAGGUGUUUGAUGUAGGAAGCGUUAGUUAUUGGAUGUUAGGCAUGUAAUGCUUAAGACCGGCAGGUCAGGGGUCAGGGGUCAUGGGGUGAGUGUAGUGUACGGCGUGUGAUGCUGGCCAGGAAUGUGCGUUGUGGUGCGGCUCCACAAUAGGCCAGGACUCCCUGGGGCUGGUCAGUGGGAGGAGUGUCAUCCCCCCUGCACACAUCCUGCUGUGUGAUGAGCUCAGCUGUUAGCUCCUCUUAACCACAUCUAUACACACACACACACACACACACACAAUGGCUCUCACACACACACGCACACAAUUGCUCACACACACACACUCUCUCUCACACACACACACACACACACGCACACAAUUGCUCACACACACACACACACACACACACUCUCACACACCAUUCGGACCUGUACUCUCCACAAUCACCCGACCUCAACCCAAUUGAGAUGGUUUGGGAUGAGUUGGAGUGCAGAGUGAAGGAAAAGCAGCCAACAAGUGCUCAGCAUAUGUGGGAACUCCUUCAAGACUGUUGGAAAAGCAUUCCAGGUGUCAAGAGUGUGCAAAGCUGUCAUCAAGGCAAAGGGAGCCUACUUUGAAGAAUCUCAAAUAUAAAACAUAUUUUGAUUUGUUUUAACACUUUUUUGGUUAGAACAUGAUUCCAUAUGUGUUAUUUCAUAGUGUUGAUGUCUUCACUAUUAUUCUACAGUGUAGAAAGUAGUAAAAAUAAAGAAAAACCCUUGAAUGAGUAGGUGUGUUCAAACUUUUGACUGGUAGUGUGUGUGUGUGUGUAUGUUUGUUGUUGCACACAUGUCUGUGUAAGUGUGUACAUUCAUAGGUCAUGUGACUAAAGCACAGCCAGGUGACCAUGUGGUUAGUAGGAGCCAGAUCCAGGGUGACCUUGGACUUGACCAUGUGACUUAGCUGUGUGGGAGGAGAGGGGUCCUAGAGGCAGAAGAGGUGACAGAAAGACAUGGUGCAACAGUGUUACUUCUGUGCUGUAAGAAAUGGAUGCAUGCUUGACUUGACUGUAAGUUGCUUUGGAUAAAAGCGUCUGCUUAAUGGCAUAUAUCAUUAUAAUACGUCACUCAGAAAUGAAACUUUAUCCAGAAAUGUAACUACAGUAGCCUAUAUCCCUCACAAACGGAUUUCCAUUUUUAAACUGACCAAAUUAGACCAGUGUUGUUCUCAUUUAAAGGUAGCUUAGCCAGGACUUUUACAGUAGUUUGAGGACUCUGUUGAAUUAAGCAGCUGACAGGUAGCGAAGCAGCAGGUUCUAAGAAGCGCUAGUUUAUGGCGGAAACACCCUGGGGGCUUAGUGUGAUUCACUGUUUUCUUUAGGAUUAUGUGAGCCUUAUCCAGUUUCAUAACAUGUACAUGCAUGUACACACACAAUGCCUGCGUUGUGCCCCCCUACAGUUAUUUAUUUGAAGCCACACAACAUAUUUGACAUUUUAGUCAUUUAGCAGACGCUCUUAUCCAGAGCGACUUACAGUUAGUGAGUGCAUACAUUUUAUUUUAAAAAAAAUUAUACUGGCCCCCCCGUGGGAAUCGAACCCACAACCCUGGCGUUGCAAGCGCCAUGCUCUUCCAACUGAGCAACACGGGGCAUGUAAAGUAUAUUCUAUACAUGAUAACAUGAUGGCUAACGCUCAGUGGAUAAGAUAUACAUAGAUGAAUACUGUGAUGACUGGAAUGGCUGAAUGACUCAACUACUGGAAAUGAACAGUCUUAAACAGGCGUUCCUGUUAGUCACUUUUCAGUGUACCACCAUGCCACAUUGUCCUUUAGUGCCCCCUAGUGCCCAACUGGUAUUUGGACUGGAACAAUAUCAGUCCAUAGGCUCAGAUUUGGGCCUGGAUUCAAACCGUAUCACAAAAGUAUCGCGGAAGAUCCACGUUAUAGCUAGAUUGAAAUUGAAAGGCAAUGUUCCCGUGUUCCGGAGACUGCAUUCAGGGUAAACACUGCCUAUGUCGUCAAAAUUGGAAAUGACCUUUAAUUGUUUAUGCGAUACUUCUGCGAUACUUCUGCGAUACGGAUUGAAUCCAGCCCCUGGUCAGGAAUAUUCUUUAUUGGCUCAUUGGCUAAAAUGUAUUUGUGCCAAAAUACAUGAAUACACUGAAAUAAGAAAAAGAGGAUUCACUAAUGUCUUGCUUUUCUUUUGUUUACAGGGGACGAAAGAUGCAGAGCAGCAUUUCCUACUCAACCCCAACCAUAGCUGUUGGGACUGGGUGAGAGAGAGAGAGAGAGAGAGAGAGAGAGAGAGAGAGAGAGAGAGAGACAGAGUGAGUGAAAAAAAGGAGCUCCACAGACAGAAGGACCAGUUCUCACAUAGUAAACAAGUACACGGAUACUUGUGUUUUUCAGCAGACAUUGACAACAACAGCACUAUCUGAGCCCCAGACCAUAGCCCCCACUAAGCCCUACCCGGCCCCGCCCGGAGCCACGCCUUUCACUGCACCCCACCACUGCCCACGUAGAGCCUGGAAGGCAGGGGAGCCACGGCCGGGUUUUCAUGGCAACAGCACCCUAGGGCUGCCAUGGCAGCUGUUGCCGCCGAUGCCCCACGCCAUAUUACCGCACUGACGCCGGAGGACGAGGAAGGAAGAGCCGCUGCCAAGCUGUACGGAGGUGCUACCCUGCCACGGACAGAGAGAGAGAGAGAACGAGAGAGGGAGAGAGAAGAGGAGAGAGAGAGAGAAAGAGUGAGGGAAGAGCGAGCAAGCGGCAACGAGUGUUUGGUGUGUGGGGCUUUGUUUGGUUCACAGGAUAAGCUUCGGCUUCACGCCUUCAGUCACAAGGGAGAGAAACCCUUCCGCUGCUCCCAGCCACACUGCCCUAAGGCCUUCAGCUCUAAAUAUAAACUAUUCAGGUAAAACAGCACUCCACCAAGAGUUUUUAAACUCUUAACACUUUAACAGUUCCUCUAAAACACUUUCACAGACUAACUUGUAUCAUACUGUACUCUCUCUCAUUCCUUCUCUCUCUCUUUCUCUCCUUCCUUCUCUCUCUUUCUCUCUUUCUCUCCUUCCUUCCUUCCUUCUCUCUCUCUCUCUCUCUCUCUCUCUCUCUCUCUCUUCAUUAUCCAGGCAUAUGGCCACACACUCUCCACAGAAAACUCACCAGUGCUCAUUCUGCGAGAAAAUGUUUCACCGCAAAGAUCACCUGAAGAACCACCUACAGACUCAUGACCCCAACAAAGAGGCCUUCAAGUGUGAGGAGUGUGGCAAGCACUACAACACCAAGCUGGGCUACAAGCGUCACGUGGCCAUGCAUUCAGCCACGGCAGGGGACCUCACCUGUAUGGUGUGCCUACAGAGCUACGAGAGUACCCCUGCCCUGCUGGAGCAUCUCAAGAGCCACUCGGGCAAGUCCUCCGCAGGUGCCAAGGAGAAGAAGCACCCGUGUGACCACUGUGACCGCCGCUUCUACACACGGAAGGACGUGCGCCGCCACAUGGUGGUCCACACCGGCAGAAAGGACUUCCUGUGUCAGUACUGCGCCCAGCGCUUCGGCAGGAAGGACCACCUGACGCGGCAUGUGAAGAAGAGCCACUCUCAGGAGCUGCUAAAGAUAGAGCCUCCGGACAUGCUGGGCUCUGGCUCCUCCCCCUGCACUGUCAAAGAGGAGCUCAGCCCCAUGAUGUGCAGCAUGGGUCCCAACAAGGACCCCCUGAUGGCCAAGCCGUUCCCCAGCGGCACCUCCUUCCCCAUGGGCAUGUACAACCCCCACCACCUCCAGGCCAUGUCCAACCCUGGGGUGGGUCACCACCAUUCUCUGAUGCCCGGCUCCCUGUCCGCUGCCAUGGGGAUGGGCUGCCACAUAGAGCCCCCCCACCACCACCCCCACCCCCACCCCCCGCACCACCACCACCACCACCAUCACCAUCACCACCACAUUCAACACUCCCCCCCGCUGCCCCACCUGCAGCAGUCCCAACAGCACCACCAGCCCCAACAGCACCAGCAGCCGCCGCCCAAGUAUCAGCUGGGAUCUACCUCAUACCUGCUGGACAAGCCCCUCAAAGUGGAGAUGGAGAGCUUUCUCAUGGAUCUGCAGAGUGGGCUGCCGGGCCCCCACUCAUGCGAUCAUCAUCAUGCUGCUGCCUCGCCCCCCAAGGAGGGACUAGAGCACCCUCCAGGACUGGCAGACGAGCUGUGUGGGGACCCCCUCCUGUCCAAGAGCCCUGCGGUCAUCGCUGACGCUCUGUGCGCUGCUAACAUGGAUUUCUCUCACCUGCUGGGCUACCUGCCCCUCAACCUGGCCCCCUACAACACCCCCAUGAGCACAGCAGGGCUAGUCAUGAGCUACACCUCGUCUACCCCCGCCUCCUCCUCCUCUUCUUCCUCAUCCUCAUCCUUGCAUGCCGCCGAGCCCCACGCCGUUGCCACGGCUGCAGCCGCACCUCUUACCUCUUUGCAACCUCAACCUCAGGAGCAGCAGGGUUCCAGCGGGGGCGUGGGGGGUCUAGGGCCCCUGCGUCCCCUCCCGCCAGUGUUUACCUCCAGCCUCAGCACGACCACCCUGCCUCGCUUUCACCAGGCCUUCCAAUGA